CAAACCCCGGCUGUUCCCAGACACGAUGCUCCGGUUCCUCUCCCUCCUGUGUGCUGUUGCACUGUGUGCCGCGCACUCCUAUUACAUUUCCGAGAUUCCCAACGGCGACAAACUGCCUAAUCCGUGCGGCACCGGCACUUGGCCUGGUGUUGGUCACUGGAACCUCAACGGCGGUGGACCCCAGAACCCCUUCGGGGAGGCGUUCGCGGCGGCGGGUCACAAAUGGACAGUAUCCCUGUGCCAGGCUGACUCGGACAAUGAUGGUUUCUCCAAUGGCAAAGAGGUUGGUGACCUCAGCUGUAAGUGGACCAAGGACAAACCAGUACCACUGUCCGCACCCAUUGGACAGCCAGGUAUUUGUGAGCCGGUGAACAGUACCAAGUGCUCCAAACAGAGCUUUUCCUGUCCAUGAUUCCUCCCUCCCCCCCCCCCCCCCAAUACACACACUUUCCGAGACAAGCCUCGUUUUUCCGAGACCAAGUCAUUCAGUUCAUUAUUCAUUAAAAAGCCCAGUAAUAAAUCACACUUUAUUAAC